ACGCUCAGAUUUCUCCAAUCUCUCACGUUAAUGGUCUUUCGCAUUACCCAAUUCCACUCAUCUUGCUUCAGCUAAUCUUCACACCUAUACCAACAGAGAUAGAGAAAGAGAAGAAAAGAAUGGCUUGUGUAUCUGUAAAUUCUCUUAUCAGAACAUUAGAGCUUGAGUUCUUGCAACCUCACCCUCGUCCAAUCCUACAACAAAUGGAACUCAUCCCUUUUAACAAAGACCUCAUCCAAUCUCUCAAAGCAAAGCUUGGUUUUCUUAUACAACUGUUCGACGAGUUCAGAAUGUAUGGUGUUGAAGCAAUUAAAGACUUGGAAACAAAGCUCAGAGAUGUAGCUUUCAGAGUAGAAGAUGAAAUUGAAACCCAUGUAGUAGAUCUCUAUAAAGAAGCUGACGAGGAAAUGGGACAAGGGGACACUGAAGCCAAAAAAACCCAGCAUUCUCAUAGACUUUGUCAUGUAUUGCAACAUGCAAUAGAAGACAUUGAUGCCAUUAAAGAAGAGCUAGAGAAAGUCAUGAUGGAGUACAAGCAUGUUGUAGCUGUGCAAGGAAGGGAUACUACACUUGAUGAUGAUGAACUUGUCAAGAUGGACGGAUCCGGUUCCUCCAAUCAUGCUUCACACACUGAGGACAUCAUGGUUGGGAAAAACAAUGAGUUCGAGGCUAUAAGGAAGAUGUUAAUACAACAUCCAUCUAAACAACGAGAAGUUGUCUCAAUUCAAGGUAUGGGAGGAAUCGGCAAGACAACGUUAGCUAGACAAGUUUAUGAAAAUCGAUCAAUUGUCUCCCACUUUGACAGACGACUAUGGGUUAUUGUAUCACAACAUCACAAUAAGAGGCAAAUGCUCAUAGGUCUUCUUGGUCCUAAAGACAAUGUAAACAACAGCAGUGAUGAGGACCUAGCAUAUCAGCUGUACCAAAGUUUGAAGGGUCAAAGGUACUUGAUAGUAAUGGAUGACAUAUGGAGCAGAGAGUCAUGGAAUGAUGUUAACUCUUGCUUUCCAGAUGAUAUAAAUGGGAGUCGAGUAUUGUUGACUACUCGCGUUGCAGAUGUGGCUACUUGUAUUGGCUCUAACGAAUACUUCUCCCAUCAAAUGCAGUUUUUAGAUCAAAGUGAAAGUUGGGAAUUAUUUCAUAAAAAGGCAUGCAAAUCUCAUAGUGUUGAAUUUGAGACAAUUGGGAGACCAAUUGUUGAGAAAUGUAAAGGAUUGCCUUUGGCAAUUGUUGUGGUAGCAGGUUUAUUUUCAAAACUCAAUAAACUAGAUGAGUGGAAGAAUACUGCUAAUGCUCUAAUAAGUUCUUCAACAUCAACUCUAGAUGAUGAAGAAUGUUGGAGAAUCCUCUCAUUGAGUUAUAGUCACUUGCCUCAUAAUUUGAAAGCUUGUUUUUUAUAUUUAGGAGUUUUUCCAGAAGAUUAUGAGAUCGAUGCUAGCAAUCUUGCAAGGUUAUGGGCUGCUGAAGGAUUUGUAAAGGCAUUCAAGAACGAGAGUUUUGAAGCGGUGGCUAGAAGGUACAUAAAUGAACUUAUGGAUAGAAACUUAAUUCAUGUAAGUGAAAGAAGUAGUUGUGGAAGAAAAAUUAAGUCGUUUAGAGUACAUGAUUUAUUGCAUGCCUUUUGUGUAAGAGAAGGUCAGAACCAGAGUCUUUUGCAUGUUGUGGUUGAAAGUGGUUCCAAUUUACCUCAGAAAGGUGUCCGUUGGAUAAGGGUGUCAAUUGAAGAUUUUGACAUCUCUGCGUUACAUUCUCUAUCAAAACACUGCCGGUCCAUCAUUUAUUCUGAGGGGUCGCCCAUAGAUGCAAUAAUUUUGGAAUCAUUCAGUCUAUUAAGGGUACUCUAUGCUACUAAUUUUGGAAUCUUUAAGCCGAAUGUUUAUAUCCAUUUGAGAUACCUAUGGAUAUCCUUGCAAGAUGAUCCUUCUCAUUCAUUAUUCUCCAACGCUUGGAAUCUUCAAACAUUUAGGGUGUAUGAAGAUACAGGAUUGCACCAUUUGGAGUUUCCACAACUACUUUAUAUUCGUGGUUUUGAAUUUAAAGGAGCUUUUCCCAAAUCUGUUCAUCAAAACUUGCAGGUCAUUUCUAGAUUGCUGGCUAGAAAAUGUGACCACGAGUCCUUAACAAAAGUUCCAUACCUAAAGAAGGUAACUAUUAUUAUAAGUGAAACCGCUGAUUGCACUAAGAACCUUGUCUGUUUACAGCAGCUCGAGAGUUUGUCUCUUUGUGUUGAUAUAUGGUGCUAUGAAAUUCCGGAAAUCAUUAACAAUAUUCUUCUCUUGAAAAAUAUUAGGAAGCUGAGGUUUGAUUUUGAUUUAAUGAAAUUUGACUGGAAGGUAAUUAAUGUUUUGAGCAAGUUACCAAGGCUUGAGGUGCUCAAGUUAUUGGUAAUUUCUAGCUGCUACGCUAGCAAAAAGUGGGAAGUACCAGAGAAUGUGAAAUUCUGCCACUUAAUUUGUUUGAAUAUUUGGUAUGGUAAUCUCAAGCAUUGGGAAGUUGGUGCUCAUAAUUUUCCAAAACUUGAGCGCCUAUUCCUUAAUGAUUGCUGUGAAUUGAGAGAGAUCCCGAAUAGCUUUGCGGAAAUUCUAACAUUGAACUUAAUCCAAUUAGAGAGAUGUCAUCCUUUUGCAGUGAAGUCAGCCAAGCAAAUUCAGGCUGACCAGCUUGACUAUGGAAACGAGAAUAUGGUUGUCAUUGAGAAAUACACAAGACAGCUUGAAGAAUACUCCGAUGAAGGCGAGUUUGAUGAAGAUGACUCCGAUGAAAGCGAGUUUGAUAAUCGGCCCACAUAG